UGAGGAAUGGUCCGCUCCCUCUCUAAGCAGAGGAGGGAGGGUCAACAUGGCGUCUGAGGAGGAGAGCUCCAAUGGCCCAGUGAAGAAGUCCAUGCGCGAGAAGGCCAUAGAGAGGCGCAACAUCAACAAGGAACACAACAGUAACUUCAAAGCAGGCUAUGUACCCAUAGAAGAAGAACGUCUUCAUAAGACAGGGCUGAGAGGGCGCAAAGGAAACAUGGCUGUCUGCAUCAUCGUGCUCCUCUUCCUUCUCGCCUUAAUUAAUCUCAUUAUCACACUGGUAAUAUGGACGGUUAUCCGGAUCGGGCCCAAUGGCUGCGACAGCAUGGAGUUCCAUCAGAGCGGCCUGCUACGCUUCAAACAGAAAGCCGACAUGGGAAUCGUCCAUCCUUUGCACAAGAGCACAGUGGGAGGCCGUAAAGACCAGGACCUGGUUAUUGUGGGCAACAAUAAUCCGGUGGUUUUCCAGCAAGGCAACACUAAGCUUAGCGUGGAAAAGGACAAAACCUCUGUGACCAGUGACGUCGGCAUAUCCUUCACAGACCCUCGGACGCAGACAACCUUCUUCAGCACAGACUUUGAAAACCAUGAGUUUCAUCUUCCCAAAGGAGUCAAAGUCCUGAGUGUUAAAAAGGCGUCUACUGAAAGGAUCACCAGCAGCGCAUCAUCUGAUCUGAACAUCAGGGGAGACGGCAAGGCCAUCAUUCGCGGUAACGAGGGAGUGAACAUCAUGGGCCGCACUGUAGAGUUUAAAAUGGGCGGGGACAUCGAGCUCCGGGCUGAGAACAGUAUCAUUCUCAACGGGUCGGUCAUGUUCAAUGCUACACGCAUCCCCAGCUCCACAGACCUGAGGUUCAACGAUGGCCUGGAGAGGUACAAGCUCUGCAUGUGCGAAGAUGGGACUUUGUUCCGCGUACUGGUGAAGUUUCCAAACAUGGGCUGCCAGAUCUCAGACAAUCCGUGUGGAAAAGCUCAUUAGCAUCACCGUUCCAUCUACCUGCAGUCGUUCAAAUCAAACAAACCUCUUACAGUUCUCUGCAUUUGAUCUGACCUCAGUUGAACCUGUUUAACCUCUGACUUAAAUUCAUAGAAACAUGGUCAGAAACUCCAGUAUUUUUUUUUUCUGCGUCUGUCAACUCAGGUUGAUUCACAAAAGGGUUGUGUUUUUAAUUAAGUCACUACAUAAUAAUCGUAAAAUAAAAUGCAUAAAAAUCUGCAGAACUUGAGCUGACCUUUAGUAAAUAAGAACGAUAUUUGUUCCUCUCUGCGAUGCUCUCCAGUAACUUUUAUGAUGCACCUGAAGAUGGAUUUAAAGGGAUGAACUGUAAUUUAUAUUUUACCUGUACUGCAAAAUGUUUGUAAUGCAAACAAUGCCAAAUUUGAAAGGGUGUGCAAUAACGUUAUGCUACGGAAAACUUCUCCUACAAAAGUAUUCCUAAGAGGAAGUUUUUAAUCAAAGUCCAACUGCAAACUUCUGUGUAUUUUAUUAGGAUUUUACAUAUUAUAAUGUAACACCUUACUAUUAGUAAUACUUUGAACCAGUUAUAGCUGCAGGUCUUUAUGUGGUAUGUUUCUAGCAGCUUUGCAUAUAUUUAGAUCAAACAUUUUUGUGCCUGUUCUUUUUUGGAUGACAGCUAAAUCUCAGUCAGGUUGGAGGAAGAAUCUAUUGGUUAUAGUUCUAGACUUUACCUUGGUUAUUCUAUCACUUGGAUAUGUUUUGAUCUAAAGUAAGACAUUGUAGCUCUGAUUGUAUAAUGUCAGAGAGUGAAACAAUUUGUAGAUUUAAACUCUUUUGUAGCUUCCUGCAGAUUUUUCAGUAAUACACCAUCCAUUUUACCCCACAUCAUCCGCAAUGCCCCGCUGUGCUCCAUUCCAGGCCACCUCCUCUAAGCAACGCCUACAGCCGCUGCAGUUCCUCCUGUUUUGCUCCGCUAUGAGUUCCUUGGAGCUUCAGUAGAGCAAGCGCGAUAUUAUUACCGUAAUUUUCUGACUAUUUGCCGCACCGGAAUAUAAGCCACAGAAGCUAAAUUGCAUGAUUUGUACAUAUACAAGCCGCACCGGAUUAUAAGCCGCAGGUUUUUUAUGUUUAACACAAACUGUCUUGCGCUCAUAAUGUCCGUCUUUCUCGCUGUCGUUCGGUCACGUACCACUCGCGGUAGAAGUCUGCUUCAGGAGGACCUUCACAUUCCCGCGCGCGGCUAUUGUACUUGUGUGUUGAAGUAAAUGUGACGUCAAUAUGGUGGUUGGUAAAAUCCAUAGAUUUAGGUAUUACCCUAGUGGCCGUUAGCUGUAAAAGUCCAUAGAUAAGCCGCAUUGUUAUAUAAGCCGCAAAGGUCGAAAAAUGGGGGAAAAGUCGCGGCUUAUAGUCCGAAAAUUACCGUAGUUAUUUCAUAGGAGCACAAUACGAGGUAAUGACUGCGUAAAAACCUUUUCUUUUUGUAAUGUUUCUUUGAAAUUAAGGACACCCAGGAUCUUACAAACUUUGCUUGUUCUCUACAUCCAAAAUCUGCAUCUCUUCAUCCAUGCCUCUUUUAAGAAGUUGCUCUUGAAGUUGUGAGGUGGGCUAUUGGAAGUUUUUGCAAGUGGAUUUAAUUAAACUGCAUAAAAUAAAUAUUUUUAUCAAGAUGAAAAUUCUGAUUCCUUGUAGGUUGAAGUACCAGUACUGUAGUUUGCAUCCAAUUUUGGGGAAUAUAUGAAAAGAAUGUCCCAAUUUUAAAGUAAAGAUCAGUCGUUACCCUAUUUGACUUUAAUAAACCGGAACUUCUAGACGUUCUUUUUUGAUCUUGUUUGAUAUGAUUGCAAUUGUGGAUCUUGACCUGGCCAGUUUGUAACUACCGGUAACCUUAGGCUGCUGUAUUAAUCCCAGCUGCAUAAUACUGCCACCAUCAUGGGUCACAGUAAGGGAAGGUGCUUUUACAGCGAUGUCUAGUGUUAGUUUUCUGCUCCACGCUGCGUUUCACAUGCAGGCCAGAAGCUCCAUUUCAGCUGUCAUCUGAUCAGAGCACCUUCUUUUCAAAUGAUUAACUCUCUGCUUAUGGGAAUCUGCAGGAUUUAUUCCAUAAACGUCACACUUGCCAAUUGCAUGAGUAAAAUUUUCAGUGGGAUCUGAAGCCGACUGCUUGCAAUGGAUUUUUAUUUGUAAAAUCAACAUCAUUUAUUGUUUUUCUGUUUCCACUUUGUAACAAUGUGCCUCUGUUUCUCUAGCUAGGUGUAUUAAAUAAAAUCCCAGUAAAAUAUGUUGAAGUUUGUUUGAACCUGACAACAUGUGGAAGGUCCUGUAGGCAGGAAUACUUUUGCACGGAAAUAUAAAUGCUAACCUCUUGACAAGCUAAGUGAUGAAAGUGGAAUCUGUAUAGAGUUGUUUGAGUUUUGUGCAAUAUAUUAUAAAAGGAUUGUUGUUUGAUUUUUUUUGUUUUGUUUUGCUUGGAUUGAUGCAGAAACUGGAGCAGUUCUCAGAUGUAAUGCCUUUAGUUAAGAAACUUUUCCUUUUACCUACUUGUGCCAACAUUGCAGCCUAUCACGUUGAAAGAAAAUCCCCUAACAUUUCACUGGCUUGUUUUUUGAAUAAAGAAACUUGUUGCUAUGUGAAACUUC